AUGACUAACACAAAGGAUAUCUCGCAUCUGGGCAAAGCAACUCAACUCACGCUGGUGGGCAGAAAUACCGAUGAACAGCACGGAUUCAUCAAUCCACCGCUAUACAAGGGCUCAACGGUCAUCCACAAAACUCUCGAUAGUCUCGAAAACAACCGAGGUAAGUACUUCUACGGAACCGCAGGUACUCCAAGCAUCGAAAGCCUCGAGACUGCUUGGACCCAUCUGACGGGAGCCGCAGGAACCGUGUUAUCACCAUCAGGACUUGGAUCCAUCGCUUUGGUGCUUUUGAGCAUAGUAAAGACAGGCGACCACAUCUUGAUAUCAGAUAGCGUUUACCAGCCCACCAGGAAUUUGUGCAAUGGCAUCCUAAAGAAGUUUAAGGUGACCACCGAGUAUUACAAUCCAUUGGUCACCGCCGCUGGUAUCGAAAAGUUGAUCAGACCCAAUACAGCGCUCAUUUUUCUGGAAAGUCCCGGAUCUCAAACCAUGGAGGUCCAGGACGUACCUGGUAUCGCCGAAGUUGCCAAAAAGCACGGUGUCAAGACCAUCCUGGAUAACACUUGGGCUACACCGCUGUUUUUUAAGGGCCAUUCUCAUGGAAUAGAUAUUACCAUCGAAGCAGGCACCAAAUAUGUGGGGGGCCACUCAGAUCUGCUUCUAGGAUUGGUGUCUGCAAACGCAGAAAGCUUUCCUGCACUCCGCAAUACCUAUGAAUCCUUGUCAAUGCUGCCAGGUGCCGAAGAUUGCCUGGCAGCUUUGAAAGGGCUACGGUAUUUGCAUUUAAGACUAAGAGAAGUUGAGCGGAAAGCGUUGAUACUGGCGAAAUGGUUGAGAAGCAGACCUGAGAUCCUCAAGGUGCUGCAUCCAGCACUUGAAGAAUGUCCUGGCCACAGAUUUUGGGUUCGGGACUUUGAGGGAUCCACCGGUGUUUUCACUAUACUACUACGUGAAGGCUUCAGCAGAAGGAACUUCGAAGCAAUGCUUGAAAAGACUACCAUAUUCAAGAUGGGUUACUCGUGGGGUGGAUAUGAGUCGCUUCUUACACCUGUUAAUCCUGUUUCUUUCCGGACUGCACAAGCUUGGAACCACGUAGGCUAUGCAGUGAGGCUUCAAGUUGGAGCGGAGGAUCUAGACGAUUUGAAGCGCGACCUAGAAUUGGCGUUCGAACGUCUAUCAGAGCCUUCGAAGCCCCGCUUAUGA